CGAAGCGAGUUCGUUCAUGUGGAGACUGAGGUGCAACUGAUUGUUAAAACUGCCCGAGACUGUGCCGAGCUGUUUUCUGCUGGCUUCAAGGAAAGUGGAGUGUACACAGUCAACCCAACAAACAAAACCAGUUUUGAAGUGUACUGUGACAUGAAGACAGAUGGCGGUGGAUGGACUGUCUUUCAUAAACGCUUCAAUGGGUUUGUUGGAUUCUACAGGGACUGGGACGAGUAUAAGAACGGCUUUGGUGACGUCAGGGGAGAGUAUUGGCUUGGAAACGAAAAGAUUCAUCAACUGACUGAGAUUCCGAGCCAGCUGCGAGUGGAAAUCAACUCAACAUCUAGUGGAAGUAGAUAUGCCAAGUAUAGUAAUUUUUCAGUUACUAACGAGGCAACUAACUACACACUGUUUGUUGAUUUCUAUUCUGGGAACUGUGGUGAUCACCUUAACUAUCAUAACGGCAUGGCUUUCACUACCAAGGAUCGGGAUAAUGACAAGGAGAAAAGUUAUAACUGUGCUGUAAACCGCAAAGGAGCUUGGUGGUUUAAAAGCUGUACCAAUUCUCAUCUAAAUGCUAACUAUGGAGACAGUUAUUAUUAUUGGAACUGGAACUACCUCAAGGGAAGUGAAAUGAAACUCAAACCAAAAUCUCCUUGAUCAUUCUACGGAUAAACGCUGAUCAAAGUAAGCACAGGAAUGAAAGGAAAACUGGCAAAACUAAAUGCUAUUCACUAAUGUUUAUGUUUUUUUUUCUUACAAUAUAGUCCCAUUUUUAACAAGAGUACAGACUUAGUGGAUCAUGAAAACCAUCACUCUCGCUAGGUUACUGGAGGGGAGCGGGGGAGGCGGUUGCAAGAAUUUGAUCCACUCGAUAUUGCUUUUCCUCCUUCCGACUCGGCACGAUUGCUCAAUCAUAUUCUUUGUGGGAUUUGUCUAACUACCCAUCCCGUUGUGUUGUCAGUUCCCCAUUUAAGCGACAAACUGCCCGUAAACGAGAGUUGUUCGAAAAGCAAUUCAUCAAAAUCUUUUAAGAAGGGUAUGCCUGACUUUAAAUUCAUA